CAAAAACGAUUUCGAUUGCGAUCCCACACAGCGAUAUUUCGUCAUCUGGCAGCAUUAGCGAUAGCAAGCAAACAUUUAAGAGAGGGCGAUACUGUGGUGCUACCAUGACGCAAUAGCCAAUCCAAUGAAUGAAAUAGCAAUAAUCACAAUCGUUGGGAGCACAGCAAGUACAUUGCAUAUAUGACGCCGACGCCGGCGGAGAUUGUAGCAGCGAUGUUGACGCCGCCGUCGCAAAGAGCGUCACACAGCGACAAUGAUGAAAAGAGAGCGGCGGCGGCGUUAUCAGCGAACAGCCCCGACCAGAUUUCGCUAUCUGCUAUUAGUGAGGCGCAGGCGUUGCCGGCACAGUCGCGACCACCACCACCACCCGACGUCGGUGUCAGCAAAGUGGGCAGCGACAUACUGAUGCUCUCGCCAGCGGCAAUAGCCGAAGCAUACGAGAAAGCUGUAAGCGAAGAAGAGAAACGGCUCAGCGAUAGUAAAGAGAACAAAUCGCGAUUCACUCUGCCGAGUAUUCGAAGUAUUUUAGCAGCGGGCCGCAGCUUUCGUGACAAACUCUUGCCGCUUGUCGGUAGUUUUUUGACAUUCAUUUUGCAUUUAGACAUGCAUGGAGGCGAUACCGGCAACAACGUCAACUUUGUUGCAGGACUCAUUGACUUUACAGCCGGCUCGUUGGGCGGCGCCGCUCAGGUUUAUGUCUCGCAGCCAUUGGAUACGGUCAAGGUGAAGCUGCAAACAUUUCCCGAGAAGUACAAGGGUAUGUUUGACUGCUUCGUUAACACAUAUCGAAAGGAUGGCGUUAUGCAUGGCCUAUAUGCCGGAUCGGUGCCGGCUGUCGUUGCAAAUGUUGCCGAAAAUUCCGUACUCUUUGCCGCCUACGGUGGCUGCCAAAAGUUUGUCUCCUACAUGCUUGGCAAGGAACUGACCAGCGAACUGACAAUCGCACAGAACGCAUGCGCCGGCUCAUUAGCCGCCUUCUUCUCCACGCUCACCCUCUGCCCCACCGAGCUGAUCAAGUGCAAGCUGCAAGCGCUGCGCGAGAUGAAGCACUUUGUGGAACCGAGCCAAGCGGCUGAUAUACGUACGCCAUGGACCCUAACACGCUACAUUUGGCGCACCGAAGGUAUACGCGGCUUUUAUCGCGGCCUGACCUCCACUUUCAUACGCGAGAUGCCCGGCUACUUCUUCUUCUUUGGCAGCUACGAAGGCGCACGCGAACUGUUCCGUCGCAAGGAUCAGACGAAGGAUGAAAUUGGACCGGUUCGCACAAUGGUCGCUGGUGCAAUUGGUGGCGUUUGUCUAUGGACAUCAACAUUCCCAGCGGAUGUCAUUAAGAGUCGCAUACAGGUGAAGAACCUCAAUGAGGGUAUGUUGCAGGUCGGUGCGGAAAUUGUGAGACGUGAAGGCGUCUUUGCUCUAUACCGUGGACUGUUGCCAUCUGUGCUGCGUACCAUCCCUGCCACGGCCACUCUGUUUGUUGUCUACGAGUAUACCAAGAAAGCGCUCCAUGGUGCAAUGUGACCUGUGACAGUUGUGGCAGGCGUGGGCGUGACCGCGGGCGGUCAUUACCAAUAACUCUCAUCAUGUUGCUGCUAGUGCUCUAUUAUAUAAUUAUUUUCGAACAGCUCUUGCUCUUGUUAUCAUUAUUUUUAGAAUUACGUUACGACUACGAUUACUAUUACUUUUUACUAUUAUAUUACAACCAUAAUGUGUAGUAUGAUUAUUGUGGAGCUCCUCGCCCGAAUCAGAUGCUGCCUCUCUUAGAUGUUGGCCGCCUGCCGAAGACGUCGCUUCAGGAAGUCCUGUCUGUCUGCGGACGUUUCCAGUUCGCGCCAUUCGUUCCAAUAGAUCUGUGUCGAUGAUGAUAGUGUACAAAAAAACAAAAACAAUGAAAAAUAUUUGGAAUUAGUUAAGCAUUUCAUAUUUCCAUGGCUACAACAACUGCCAUUUUUUUUAAAGGUGACAAUAAAAAUGAUUUCAAGCAAG